AAAUCAGCUUUCUAGAAACGUAGAGAAACCAACGCGAUCGUGAUUGUUUUGUUUACUGCAUACGCCUAGAGUUUCGUCCAGUUUCGUCGCAGAGUGCAAUCCAGAAACCUUUUUAAUAACGGAUUUUAACCCAUACCACUUGUGUUGUAAUUCAUAUCCACCUUAUUAAUAACACUAUGUCGAAAAUCUUCACACCCACUAAUCAAAUUCGGCUGACCAAUGUGGCAGUCGUAAGGAUGAAAAAGGGUGGUAAGCGGUUUGAGAUCGCGUGCUACAAAAACAAGGUUCUUUCGUGGAGGAGCAAAGUAGAGAAAGACAUUGAUGAAGUCCUACAAACACACACUGUCUUUGAGAACGUUAGCAAAGGUAAAGCUGCAAAGAAAGAGGACUUAAUAAAGGCAUUCAACAAGGAGGACCAGACGGAAAUCUGCAAAGAAAUCCUGGCCCAUGGAGAGUUGCAAGUGUCCGACAAAGAGCGGCAUGCGCAACUGGAGUCGACUUAUAAAGACAUUGCAAACACGGUUGCAGAAAUGUGUGUUAAUCCGGAAACAAAAAGGCCAUAUCCUGUGACAAUGAUCGAAAAGGCAAUGAAGGAUGUACAUUUUUCUGUGAAACCAAAUAGAAAUACUAAACAGCAGGCUUUGGAGGUUAUCCCAACUUUAAAGGAAUCGUUGCCCCUGGAAAGGGCUCAGAUGAGGAUAAAACUGACCCUUCCAUCAAAAGAAGCGAAGAAGUUAAAAGAAAAAGUGGUUGCGUGUGCUGCUAAAAUUGAAAAAGAAGACUGGAAUUCGGAUGAGCUCAUUAUUACCUGCUUGAUUGACCCUGGGCACUACCGGACGCUCGAUGAACUGAUCAGAACAGGAACCAGAGGACAAGGCAGCAUGGAACUUCUCAGUCUUAAGGAAGUUACUGAGGGAGAUGAAUUAUUCACUUAAAUCAUAUCGUUAAACUUAAAAAAAUAAAACUUA